GUCAUCCCUGUAAAAGUGAAACUAAAACCCUCCACAGCGAUGAUACCCAGGAUUGCAUUUUGCUCUCACUCCCUUCGGACGAAUGAUUUUUUUUCCAGAGCCCUGAAAGUUUUGCACAGACCAUGGAGGCACCAUCCAGCUUUACUUGUCCCAGCAAAUCGUGGCAUCCAUGUGGACAGUCCACCUGUCAUCCCAGCUCUCACCACCAGUUACGCACACGGCACCUCCUCCACGCCUUUUCUCCACGCCACAGUCGGAGAGAUCCUGCAGCAAACUGUGGAGCGCUGGCCCGACAGGGAGGCCAUGGCAUUUCUACAGGAUGGAGUCCGCAAGACCUUUGCACAGUUUCAGCAGGAAGUCGACCAGGCUGCAGCCGGGCUGUUGGCCCUCGGGCUGAAGAAAGGAGACCGACUCGGCAUGUGGGGCCCCAACACUUAUGAAUGGAUCCUGUUCCAGUUUGCCACAGCAAAAGCUGGUAUUAUAUUGGUGUCUCUGAACCCCGCUUACCAGGCACGGGAGGUGGAAUUUGCAUUACAGAAGGUGGGAUGUAAAGCAGUCGUAUGCCCGACACAGUUUAAGACUCAGAAAUACUGCGACAUGCUGAGACAAAUAUGUCCAGAGAUAGAGUCCUCCAGCCCAGGUGGCAUCAAGAGCUCGAGACUGCCGGAGUUAACGUCUGUGAUUGUCAUAGAUAUUCGACAACCAGGAAUGUUUCAUCUCGAUGAUGUGAUGCAGGCGGGAAGCAGCCAGUACAAGCAGCAGCUCCAGGAUCUGCAGAGGAAGCUCUCAUGUGACGACCCUAUAAACAUCCAGUUUACAUCGGGCACAACAGGAGCUCCGAAGGGUGCCACACUAUCUCACCACAACAUUGUCAAUAAUGCCUACUAUGUUGGCAACCGAAUUGGCUAUCCCUGGCGGCCCCACCCGCGCAUCUGUCUGCCCGUGCCUUUGUACCACUGCUUCGGCUCCGUGGGCGGUGGCAUAUGUAUGGCCGUGCACGGCAUCUCCAUUGUCUUUCCCUCUGCUGGGUAUGAUGGACGGGCCAACCUGGCAGCUCUGGAGAGUGAAAGGUGCACUGUCAUCUAUGGCACUCCUACCAUGUUCGUGGAUAUGCUGAACCAGCCCGACUUGGCCAAAUAUGAUUUGUCCUCAGUGGAGGCAGGUAUCAUGGCAGGUUCCCCUUGUCCUCCAGAAGUUGUGAGGAAGGUAAUUCAGACCAUGGGCGUCAAAGGACUAACCAUUGGCUACGGGACCACAGAGAACAGCCCUGUGACGUUCUUUGGCAACCCCACAGACAACAUGGAGAGGAAGUCUGAGACAGUCGGGUACAUCAUGGACCACCUAGAGGCUAAAAUAGUAAACCCUACCAGCGGAGAGAUUGUGCCGCUGGGGGAGACAGGAGAGAUCAUGAUCAGAGGCUACUGUGUGAUGCUGGGAUACUGGAAUGAUGAAUCCAAAACAUCUGAAUGCAUCACUAAAGACGGCUGGUACAAGACUGGUGACAUUGGCAGCAUGGAUGCAUGCAGCUACUGUCGCAUUGAAGGCAGGAUUAAGGACAUGAUCAUCAGAGGAGGGGAGAACAUCUACCCAGCCGAGAUUGAACAGUUCCUGCACACACACCCGAAAGUCGUGGAGGCGCAGGUGGUUGGAGUGAAGGAUGAUCGUAUGGGAGAGGAGAUUUGUGCCUGUAUUAAGCUGGUAGAGGGACAGGACUGCACUGAGGAAGAAAUCAAAGCUUUCUGCAAGGGCAAGAUUGCCCAUUUCAAGAUUCCUCGCUACAUAUUAUUUGUGAACAGUUACCCGCUCACUGUUACUGCAAAGAUUCAGAAGCACAAGCUGCGUGAUCAAGCUGAGAAGCUGCUUAAAUUGUGAGGAAAGGAAAAUGAGAGGUCAGCUCAAGUGUUUUUAUGGACAUGAUGCAAAUGCUGUGUGCAGUUUCCUCCACAGACAUCAGUUACUGAAGGAUCUCAUACUCAGCUACCGCCAUAUCUAAAGAUAUCAACAGACAUCCUCAGUCAUCUGUGGACAUGUGACGGCUGCAGAUGCAUCUUUGUGCUGUGCCUUCCUCCUGUAAUUAAAUGUUGUGCCAGAAAGAUAUAAAAGAAAUGUAAAUUCAGUGAUACUGAUCUACCACUGAAAGUGUGUUGUGAUUGGCUUGUGAGGCUUCCAGUGUCUGUACAGUCAAAUGAAUUUUAAGGACCAAUUCAGAAAUGUAUUUUUUCAUGUCAUUUUAUUACUGUGAAAACCGCCCAGUGGAUUGUCUUAUCCUGCAGCAAUCUAUAAAAACCUUUUUAUGACUAUAUGAAAUAAACCAUGUACCACAUUAUUAAA